AUCAGAUCACAGCCCCCCCCCCCCCCCCUUAGCAUACAUACUAUACAUUGUGUGGGUAUAUAGGUGGUGGUGAUGGGUGGGGGUUGCCUAAUGCAGCUUCAAAGACAGCAGCAGGUUGAGGGGAAGACACUGAAGGAGGGAGAAAAGAGGCAGAUGGAGAAAAAACAGCGAGUGACGGAAAAAAAAAAAGAGCAAGGAGGGUGAGCAGAGAGGGGAGGAGAGAGAGUAAAGAGGGAGGGGAGGUUGAUCCAACAGCGCCUGGUGAGACAGAAGUUUCAGCUCUGCGCUUCACACACACACAACCAGGACACAAGAUAACACACAUACAUACAUCCAUACAGAUAAGAUGCUGCUCCCGGCGAGCGUUCUGAUUGGCCUGCUGUGCCUGAGCCAUGCGGGCGGUGCGUGGGGUUUCGCCCGUCUGCUGGACGACGUGGAGCUACGCUCGGCGUUCUCCGUCGCGCGCACCAACAGCAUGGAAGGCGGGCCCAAGAUGACCGUGACCUUCGACGCCGUUUACGUCAACAUCGGCGGGGAUUUCGACCCCAAGGCCGGCCUGUUCCGCUGUCGCAUCACCGGGGCGUACUACUUCUCCUUCACGGUGGGGAAGUUCCCUCACAAGGACCUGUCGGUGAUGCUGAUGAAGAACAGGAACGAGGUGCAGGCCAUCGUGUACGAGGAGAACGCCGGAGAGGAGAGGAAGGUGCAGAGCCAGAGCGUCAUGCUGCAGCUGGAGUUCGGCGACACCGUCUGGCUCCGUCUCCAUGGCGACCCUCGCUACGCGCUCUACAGCAACACCGGACACUACACCACCUUCAACGGUUACCUCGUCUACCCCGACACCUACGGCUUCCAGACGCACCCCCACCAGCAGCAGCACACGGCCGUAAACUCCCAGCAGCCCCAGCAAGACAACACCCCGCUGCUGAGCAGCAACCAGGCCGCAGAGCACGCCCUGUCUGCGGCGGUGGAGGAGGAGGAGAAGGAGCUGCAACAUAGGGAGGAAGAAGAAGAGGAGGAUGAUGAUGACGACGACGAAGAGGACGACCAGAGAUCUGCGUUCUCGGUAGGGCGCACCCAGAGCAUCGUGGGAGUCGACCAAGUGGGCAUGCCGCAGCACCAGCCGGUCAGCUUCGACACGGCGUUCGUCAACAUCGGGGAUGACUUCAACGUGACGGAGGGGGUGUUCACGUGCCGCGUUCCCGGCGCCUACUACUUCUCCUUCAACGUGGGCAAGCUGCCGCAGAAGACGCUGUCCGUCAAGCUGAUGAAGAACCACCUGGAGGUGCAGGCGAUGAUCUACGACGACAGCCAGGGCGAGAAAGCUCUGCAGAGUCAGAGCUUGAUGCUGUCGCUGAAACCGGGCGACACCGUCUGGCUCUACUCCCACCAGCGGGACGGCUUCGGGGCCUACAGCAACCACGCCAAAUACAUCACCUUCACGGGCUUCCUGGUUUACCCAGACUUCCCCAACACCACCGCCACCACCAGCCAAUCAUACGCAGACAAGAAACCCUAGCUGCAGCACACACGAGCUGGGGACUGAACAUUGUGGGGGGGAUUCAUGCGGAAAAGUCUGAGUUUGUGGGUUGUGAGCAGAGUGGAGAAUUCUCGCGGAUGUCUUUGACGCUUCCUCUUCGUGUGAAUUCCUUCACAGGGACCUUGGACUGAGUGCGGAGCUUAAUGAAAAUCUCUUCAAUUUCCAGCUAAAUGGCUUCCCAGGAUAUGACUUCAUCACACUCAAAUGUGGAACCUUGAAUGACAGUAAUGUGAACUCUAAUUGAAUAUUUCACUCUAUAAUGAAAACUCAUCAUCACCUGCUUCCCCCUCUGUGUCUCAGCCCAACUCUCGUUUUAAAGGAAUGGUUUGGUGCUGCGUCUCAAAUUGGAUAAUUUCGUUAGUACGCCUCCAUGUAGUACACUGUUUGCACAACACAUACUUGUGUAGUGUGUGGAUUUCAACAGGGGUAGUGUUGCCUCAAAUCUCACGCGGCUUCAAUCCGACUACAGUAUAGUGGUACUUAGUGAAAGAAAACACAUGAAUAACUUAAAUUUGUAUAGUUCGGUGCCACCAUUUUCACGAGUUUAAUACAGGUUUGGAACCCCCCCCUUCCACUACGUAGCAAAGAUAGCGACUGUUUUAAGUACAACAUCCGGGUAUUUAGAGUGCACUGCAUUUUGCCAUAAUUCUCAGUGUGAACGCACUCAAAAUAGCAAGUGUAAGUGCACAAAUUGAAACACAGCAUGGGGUGUUUUGAAAGAGGUACUUAUCCAUAGUCAGUGUAGUACCUACGGCAGACAGCAGUAGUAGCAGUAGUAUGCUAUAUUUAGAAUAUUUUCAUCGCUAUACCUCGCCGUCAAUCAUCCUUUUCUGAUGGGGAACUGAUGCUGUCAUCAAAGCCACCAGACUCCAUUAACAAAAAAAGUAAUUUUCCCUCGCCGAACACAGGAGUUGCUGGUCUACCGCUGCCUCGAUCGGUUUGUUUGUGUUAUUGUGUGACUUUUGGUGUUUUAAUGGGUUAGUUCGGGUAAGACGUUACAAACAGUCCCUUUAAACUGAUUUUUUUAGGUGUCUAAAAUACGUUUUGCUGCUGCCCCCGUCCACAGCAGUACAUUGCGUUGCUCCCGUGCUGGUACUCCUUUCUGUUUCUCCAAACUGGGGGCGUGCCGGCCGCCAUCUACUGGAUAAGUAACCGAUACAACACCACUUGAAAACACCUGAACUAUCCCUUUAAAUUAGUGCAACCACCACAAGGAGUUAGAUAUCGUACUUGUGUGUCAUUGCGAUUUGUGGCAGCUCAAAAAAAGAUCCCGAAUCCAUGGUUAAUACACCACGGUCAGAUGAUUAAUAGUUGAUGCAAAUGUUGGAAGGAAAGUCCAAUUGAAGUGAAAACAAAAUGUCAAUUCAGUCCAAUUACCAACUAAAUUGUGAUUAAAUAAAUUUGAUGACCUUUUUUAAAAACUAUAAUCCCGGCUCAUUAAGUGCAGUAGCGGUAGGAGACUUUGGUCAUCCUACAUGAAGGUGAGGAGGUGAUCACAUUUUUCAUUUUGAAGUGAAAUAUUUCUGUAUCUGUUAUCCUCGUCAGCGACUCGAUGUUUCUGCUCGUAUGUAAAACAAGUCACGUUCCUUUACUUUAUGUCUUUAGAGGCAUGUGAAACUGAUAUGAACAGUGUGUUUUGUGUCAAAAUGAGUCUCUCUUUCCUUCGUUCUGGAGUGUUUUAUCGCUCUGAUACUCUGAUACCACAGCGGGAGCGAAGAGGACAACAGGACCAAGCUGACAUCGUUUUCUGGGGGUAAAGACUGCGUAUCCGUCCCCGUAUAUAUACACCGCCUGUUUGACCACAUGCCACCUCCCUCCGGGCCUGGCGGGGAUCUGGACCGUAAUUUGAUUUCUAAAUCUAGCAGCAGUUUAAUUCGUGUCUUCAGAUGGCGACCACAGUGGGGAAAAUUUAACAGCUUUUCUCCCGGGCCGCUGUAUAAUAUGCAUGUCUGUUUAAUUUCACACCGCCGGGGGAGAAAGAUGAUGCUGUUCAGAUUGUGAUGAACCUUGACUUUAUGAAAUCACCUUCUCUGUUGGAGAGGCUCCGUGUGAAGUGAUACUUCGCUGUGAUUGAACAUUUAAAUUUUUUUUAUUACAGUUAACUGGAGGUGAAACUGUACUGCAAGCGGGCUAAUUGACUACAUCAAAACGUGACUCAGCAAGAGAGAGAGAGCUGCUUAAAUGAUAAUAUAUUGGACUUUAACUUUAAAGGUUGGUUCACCCGAUUUCUGAUGCCUCAUUUCAAUACACUAGAAGUGAAAAUAGUUUUGUGUUUGGUGCUCAAACUACAUUGAAAGUUACACUAAACAAUAUUUUUGUGUUAACAAUGGACCAAAGUCUCACGACAGCCCAGAAUUAUUCUGUUUUGGUUCACUCUCACUGUUCUCAUCAACUUUCCAACCAAAAAAAACACCCCAACACUCA